ACUAUGAAACGAAAUACAACAAGAUGUAUGCUUCCACAAAUCCAGUAAUUAGAUUUAGGAUUUUAUGCCUUUUUAGCAUGUGCUUUAAUCAGAUAAUUUCCAUACUUCUUUUCAAUGUUUUUUGUUUUCGUAUUUGUAGUUGCCCCUGCGCCCACUGUAAGUGUUGAAGCGACCUCUGAAACCGUAACUGUGCGCUGGGAUGCUGCUAGCCCUGCUCACCUCAAUGGAGAUGUACAGGGAUACCAACUAAGAUACACCCGGACAAAACCAGAACCACUUGAUACAGUACUAGCUGAUGUUGAGGGUAACGAAUAUGUGAUUACCGAAGGAGUGACAAAGGACAGUGAAUUCGAAAUUGAGGUCCGAGUUUUGAAUGGAGCUGGAUACGGUGAAUGGUCACCAUUAAUGACUUCCCCAUUGCCAGGUGAUGAGUCUAGAUAUUCUCUUAGAGCUCUACUUGUUACUGGUCUCAUCCCAUCGAUUCUUCUUAUCUGUAUCUUCUGUGUCAUCCUAAUUGUGAUCUUUUUCAGAAGACGACAACCUGAUAAAGGAGAGAGUGAAAAGAACACACAUGAUGAAACGCAAUCGCCAGGAACUGGUCAAACCUAUCAGGAUCUGUAUGAACGAGUGAGCAAUGAUGGCACUGCCUAUCAAGAACUUGAAUUAAAAUCAGUACAACAGGGUGAUAUAGAUUACAUCAAUAUCGAAGAAGGUCCUCGAGGAAGGAAGAAUUUUUUGAAAUCCAUUGAGAAUGCUGACUGCUAAAUCUGUCCGCAUUAUGGAAUGACACGUUGUUCAAUUCUGAAAGGAGGCGGGAGCGGGGUAUACUGCUGAGUAAAAUUGAACGUAUAGGCUCUAUCCCUCCGUAAAAAUAUAAUGUGGGCGAGCAAUUAACAAAAAAUACUAGUUCUUAUAGAUUAUUACAUAUUACAGACUAGUCCUUAUAUAUUGCUACUAAGGUCAAUUUCUUCUUUUUUUGCUUUUUUUUUUUGGAGGGGGGUAUGUUUAAAUCUUCGACACAAUAUUGUCACGUUUGUGAUUUUGUUUUUAAUGUGAUUAAUCAUACACAUUAAGGUUUAAAAAAUGAGGAACAAUAUAUAAGAAGAUUGUAAGGCCUUGGUAGGGUGCAUUCUUCUACUGAAGUGAUCUUUACUAUCAUUAUAUUUUGCAACAGUCUCUCUUUCGUAAAUUGUCAACAAAGAACCC